AUGCGGAUCAGAGGGAAGGUGUCCAUCGGCAACCCCAGGGCAUUCCUCUCGCCACGUGGCUUAUGCUGGGAGGCUACCGCCAGCCACGUGGGAGAAUUUUCACCAAUCCCCUGGUCCGAGUUAGCAGCAGCCUCCUCCCGCCGCUCCUACAGCCCCAGCGGUCCGCCCGCGCAGUGGGCGGGCACUUUGGCGCGCUUGCGCACUUUGGGGAAAGCGGAGCUGGACCCCGCCCCAUACCGCUGCUUUGCUCCUCCACUGUGCGAGCGAGGGACGUCGGGGGCGGUGCCGCAGCAGUUGCCCCUGGGCUUACUUUCAAUUUUGCGCAAAUUGAAAAGUGCACCAGACCAGGAGGUGAGAAUCCUUCUCCUGGGCUUGGAUAAUGCUGGCAAGACGACUCUUCUGAAGCAGCUUGCAUCUGAGGACAUCAGCCACAUCACACCUACGCAGGGUUUUAACAUCAAAAGUGUACAGUCACAAGGUUUUAAACUGAAUGUGUGGGACAUUGGUGGACAGAGGAAAAUCAGACCAUACUGGAGGAAUUAUUUUGAAAAUACCGAUAUUCUUAUAUAUGUAAUUGACAGUGCCGACAGAAAAAGAUUUGAAGAGACGGGUCAGGAACUAGCCGAAUUACUGGAGGAAGAAAAGCUAAGUUGCGUGCCAGUGCUCAUCUUUGCUAAUAAGCAGGAUUUGCUCACGGCAGCCCCCGCCUCUGAAAUCGCAGAAGGACUGAACCUGCAUACCAUCCGCGACCGAAUCUGGCAGAUCCAGUCUUGCUCAGCUCUCACAGGAGAGGGCAUUCAGGAUGGCAUGAACUGGGUCUGCAAAAAUGUCAAUGCAAAGAAGAAGUAAAAUCUAGACGAAUGGAGAUGCAGGAGCUGUGGGAGCCGAAUUCGGUCCUGAAAAACACUAAUUUGCUUCUUUCUGACCAAAUGUUUUUCCAUCUGUGUACAGCUACAGCUGUUUGAAGAGAGGGAACAGCACAGUUUAAAAAGAAUCCCCAUUCCAGCAGUAGAUUUAACUGAUCUCUGAGGUUCAGUAUCAUUUUUCAAAUAAAGGCAUUAUAUUAUUUCCUCUGCAUAA